AUGUUCGGUCGCUUUUUCAAAAAGAAAACUGCGCAAAUCGCAGAGCUCGUGACGGACAUUACUCAGGAAACGAAGUCAGAGAGUGAAUCGGACGUCUGCUCCAUCUGCUUCGAUGUUUGGACCAGUACAGGCUCGCACAGGGUGUGUUCUUUGAAAUGCGGCCAUUUGUUCGGCAAUUCUUGCGUCAAAACCUGGCUGGCAAAUUCUCCUCGCUGUCCGGAAUGCAACGAUCACGCUCUGCUCGACGACAUCAGAAUCAUUCGAGCAAAAACCAUCAGCGCCGUGGACAACUCAAACGAAACGAUUCUCCGCCGAGAGCUCGAGGAAAAGACGAAGAAGCUCGAGGAGCUCGAGGAAAUCGACAAGCGAAGACGUAUCCAGACGAAUUUUAUUUUCGUCGCGUUUUACUCAAUUUACACCUUGUGCUACUGGCUCACAGUUGCCUUUCUUAUCUUCUGGGCUGCAGCGAUUGUUCACAAAGGACUGGACGAUGGAACUCAUUUCGUCUUCGAAGAACUCAAGAAAGCCCGCCUUGAAGCUCUUGAAAAACUGCGAGAGCUGGUUUCUCAACGAUAA